AAAAAAUCAAGGUCUUAAUUGUUCUGAAACGCGGAAAAAGACAGAGACUUUGAAUAGAAGAAGUAAUCCAAAUUGACGUUUCUUCUCCGAAAUUUCAGCUCUUUUUCUAAAUCCGCGGAUUCUGAUUACUCUUUUUAUCUCUCUCGCUUGAUAAACCCUCUAAUCUGGUUUCUCUCAAUUCUUUUAGAUAUUUUCUGUCUGUGUUCGUUUUAGUUAUUGUCGGAAACCGUGAGAAGCUCUCUCUCUUUGUGUGUCGGAAUAAAUGGGGACUCCGGAAUUUCCAGAUCUGGGUAAACACUGCUCCGUCGAUAUCUGCAAGCAGAUUGAUUUCUUGCCUUUCACCUGCGACCGUUGCCUCCAGGUCUUUUGUUUGGAUCACCGAAGCUACAUGAAACAUACUUGCCCAAAAGGCGAUAGAGAAGAUAUAACAGUCGUUGUCUGCCCUCUCUGUGCUAAAGGAGUCCGUUUAAACCCAAACGAAGACCCAAACAUCACAUGGGAGAAACAUGUCAACACAGACUGCGACCCAUCAAACUACGAGAAAGCCACAAAGAAGAAGAAAUGCCCCGUUCCAAGAUGCAAGGAGCAGCUAACAUUCUCCAACACCAUCAAGUGCCGUGAUUGCAAUAUCGACCACUGCUUAAAACACCGUUUUGGACCUGAUCACACUUGUCCUGGACCUAGAAAACCCGAACCAAGCUUCCUGAGUUUCAUGACUAGUAGUAGUAGUAGUCGUAGCAAGAAAGAAGCUAAAACAACAAAACCCACCAACAAAGCUUCUUCUUCUUCUUCGAGAUGGUCUAAUCUUUUAUCUUCAGCAGAAGCUGGGAUUAGCAAGCUUGGUAAUGACAUUAGCCAUAAGCUUCAGUUUUCGAGCAGUAGCGGAAAUGAUGGUAUGAUGGAGGUGUGUCCACAGUGUGGUGCAAAAUUCUCUUCGGUUACAGUUCUCGUGGAACAUGUAGAGAAAACACAUGAGAGGAACAAGAAGCAGAGUCAUGGCAAAAGUCAAAAGUACUGAUCAUCUUUUAUUUGGUUUGAUACAACAAACCAAAGAAAAAUUUCACAUUCUUUGAACUUAAUUUGAAACUUUUAAAUACCAUUUUCUUAAUGUUUGAUACAGCCAAAGACAAUCACAUUCUUUUGAACUUUGUUAUAUAUCAAAAGAAAAAUUGGUAUUGCCACAUGCCUUGGUCAACU